AUGGCUACAACUUCUGCACCUACGAAAGAGCGCAGCACUCGUUUUGAGGACAGUGUUGGCAUGGAUCGUCCAAGUUCUCCAGACUACGACUACGAGAGCAGUCCUGAACCUGAACCUCGACAAAACCAGGAAGAAACAGCAAAGCAGCCGCAGCGACUGCAAGUCAACCGUCGGUUAAAUAAGUUCGACACAGCGACGGAUCGCGAUAAUGAAGCCCAAUCCACCGCCCUACGACGAUAUGAGGGUGGCGACCUCGAGCAAACGAGGUACUCUGGGGAUUUAUCGCGCACGAGGGACCCCUCAACAGAAGAGGUCAGUCGGAACGACGAGGAUGAGGACCUCCAAGUUCAGAAACAGGAAGACUCCGGACUUAAACUGCGCUUGGACUUGAACCUCGACGUGGAAGUCGAGUUGAAAGCCAAGAUCCACGGAGACAUCACGUUAUCUCUGCUGUAUGUGCUUCCCCCUGAUAAUUGUGAAAGUGAGGAGUGA